GGCUGUUUAUAUAAAGACCUAAAGCCACUUGCACAGUAGAAGUUACUCUCAUAGUUUAUAAGGCAUGUUAUCAUGGACGUGUACAGUGAUUACAGUGAUUCAAUCUGUUGGUUUGAACAGAACUGGAUUGGACAAAUUAUCGAAUGCGAAAAUUCCACCUCGUGGAAGAUUGUUCAAAAGCUUGGGGAGCAUGAAACACGCUGGACGCAAGAUGAUUUCGAAAAGAGUAAGUUUUACUCUCAGUCAUGUUGUAUCUUCGUCUGCGAAGACAUGAAGAAUUCAACUGAGGCUAUCAUGAAAGUCCGGAUGCAGAUCCCUUAUGAAGGGUCAAGAUACCACUCCCCCGAACGGAGGGCUUCACAAGCUGAACCGGAUCAACGUGGUCAAAGCUCGCGAGAAAUCAAAGCUCUUGACAUCCUGUCCAAGGCUGAAUGUUUCUGCACCCCGAAACUUCGAGGUUGGAAGCAUGAAACCCAGUCGUGCAAUGACUUGGUCCCUGGCGGGUUUCUAGAUUACACUGUAAUGGAGAGACUUGAGGGGAAAACACUCUCACCAUGGUGGGUUGACAGCCUAAACGACGACCACAAGCAAAAACUUCAAACAGCUUUCAAAACAUCAUACAUUGAGUGUCUUAAUCUUAAUUUCCUGAACCUGGAUCAUCGUGCCCAGAAUCUCAUAUGGAAUGAAGAGAAAGGGAUAUGCUACAUCAUUGACUGGGAAUCGUGGAUUCAAGCUAAUUCAUAUACUGAUUGGAAUGACGACAUAUAUAGUAUGUGGGAUCUGGAACUGUGUUAGUCCAGCUUGAUAAUCAAUGCGCUUGGUGACUUGUUAAUAAAUCUGCUAUGUGUGACAUUCUUCCGAUUAAGUUAUACGCCCACGAGCUCUUCAAAUGCUUGAAAUUCCCUCGAUGCCAGCACAGACGAGGCAGAGGGCCUUUUGUCCGGAUCAACUACCAACAUGAAAUGAAGAAGAGUCCUUAACUGCUGCACA